GUAAUGCUGCCUUUCAGCACUCAUCGAGCAUGGGUCUUCAUGGUUCUGCUCCUGCUUUGUAGCGUCCAUUCACUUCUUGCAGCACCGAUUCAGCCUGGUUCAGAACAGAGUGCAGAGGCAAGCAGCAAACCUAACAUGACAGUGAAGGGUGUAUUUGAAUCUUUCUUAAGCUUCUUCAGACCAAUGACUUGCCGCCUCAGCAAUGAGCGACUUUUAACUCCUUGUCCUUUAGAAGGCCUGAACAUGUCUGAAUGCUCAAAAAUUUACUGCUGUCCUUUCAAAACUGGCCAGGAUGAGCAGUGCUACAUGCCAGUGAGAGAUGAUGUGCAGCUGGCCAUUCGAGUGAUUUUGCUUACCGGAGGAGGAUUUUUGAUUUUGGGAUUGCUGCCAAUCUGUUGCUGUGCCUUUUUGCAGAGAAGUCCAUGUAUCAAUCCUUUACAAAAGAUAAGCAAAAAAGUACAGAAAAUUGCACGGGAAAAAAGAGCAUAUGAUGAAAAGACUCAUGAUGAAGAGAUUCAUCGCCACUUACUGGACUGACAUAAGAAAGAACCAAAAGAAUGAAAAAAAGAAGGCAUAUAGGAACAUCCACCUGAUCCUGAAGAUCAAGCAGAAGACACCAGGAUAAUUUGACUAUCUCCUAGAAAAUGACAUGUUUUAUUUUAACAUUGAAGUAAUAUGAAGUUGU